AUGGUGCCACCACGCAAGCGGCGCCGGCCCCGCUCGCUUGAUGGCAACGACACCGAAUUCGACCACCGCGGCCUCCACCAGCAGCCGCGCUCCGGCCGCAUAACACGGUCUCGUGCCGCCACGGACCGUGCCCUAGCUGCCGAGGGAGCAGCUAACGGCCGGCCUCGGCGCGACUUUCUCUCUCCGCUCCCCAACGAGCUCGCCAUCCGCAUCCUCUCCAACUUGUCCGCCUGGGAGCUCCUCAACGUCUCCCUCGUCUCCAAACAACUCUCUGCCUGGGCUUCUAGUCCCCAGCUAUGGCGCGGCCUGUACUACCGCUGCUUCGUCCUGCCCAACGCCGGGAGUAUCUUCCAGCGCCGCCCUGACCCCGGCGGCGAUGAGAGUGUGCUAUACUCCUCUGUCCAUGACGUGGAGCGGGUGGCACGAGGUGGCAGCCUAGCGUCCCUGCCCAGGGAUAAACUUGAUGGCGAGAGCGCCGGCGGGGGUGUUAGGGAUGCCGACUGGAAGCGGGAUUAUAAGAAUUACCAUUCAUGGCAAAAGCUCUCCUGUAUCGUGGAGAUACCUCUGGAGGCCCCCGCGCCGCGCUCUCCAAUGCCACUCGGCGCUGCUUUCCUCGCUCGGUUCCCCGAGACUAAGUUCUAUGCCAACUCCAGGGCAGUUGCGUUGAUUGAGAACGAGGUUGAACAAAAGAUCGCCACCUGGAAGGGUAUUCUGGGCUCUAACGCCGUCGUUAACAAACCUGCGAUCCCGACUCCUUACGACUUUACCUUUUUCACUCUCCCCGGCGACAAGUCCACCCCAAUUCAUCUCAUCAGCCCCCUUGUUGCCGAUACCAUAGACGAGACAAUAUUUUGGAUUCCUUCGAUUUCUACUCUCAUCGCUGGCGACGCGGUCUAUAGUCAAACAGUUCACCUUUGGUUGGCCGACCUUCUCUCCCCUGCGCUAUCGGAGGCUUGGCUGUCUACACUUGACUUUGUUGAAAGUCUGGCGCCGAAGAGAAUCAUUCCCGGCCAUUCUUUGACCCUGCGUGGCUUUGGGCCUAAACUUGACCUGAAGCAUUCCAGGGAUUACGUCAAAUUCUUCAAAAAUCAGAUCGAGUCAAAGGGAGAGGACUUUUACACCCCGCAGGAGAUUUUCAACUUCAUCAACAAGAAAUUUCCAGGGCUUCUCGCAUCCAAGACAUCAACGACUUCUUUGACGCUGCUGAAUAUUACUGGAGAGGAGUUUGGCCGAGGAGGCAAGCGCCAGGUUCACUACGUCGACCUAGCCGCAUUAAACAGUACCGCAGAGCUCGAGGGUUGGAACUUGGGUCUCAAGGACGAGUAG